UAGAGCUGUCAACAUGGAGACAUCAGCUCCUGUUGUCAUGGAAACGCUUUCAUCAGACCCGUUAGGGAAGUCAGAUGAUGAUGAAGACGGUCGGAGCACCGACGACGUAGCGACGUCCGGAACGAAAGUUACGGUUAAGCGUAAAAAACAAAUUCAUCUUAAACACAGACGGGUAACGAAAAUGACUGCCCUGAUGAUAUCUGCUUCUUGCAUUUGCUGGACACCGAGCCUCCUGUACCAUGCAGACCUCACCUGGGUCACUGAUGCCCACUGGUUCGGUGUCUUCGCCAUGUGGCUGGCUUACUGUCACACAUUGGCUGAUACACUCAUCUACGCCAUAAUGAACAGACGAGUCAGAGCCGAGAUGGCCCGAAUGGCGCGUAACGCCAAAUCGCAAGUUGUCGGCAUGUGCCGGCGUUAGAUCGGUUUCAUCAACGACGGUCAAUCAAAUAACUACUAAUCUGAAAGGAACGAAGAAAUUUAGAGCGGAAAGUUAUCAUUACUUAUACCCUGAAAGAUGAAAAAACUUUGUUAAAAAGACCCAACACUGUCCUCCUUGUUUGGAUUUGAAUCUUUUUACCGAGGUUCUGAUAAG